CCCCCCGCCGGCUCCGAUCGCCGGCGUCCCCUCCCUCACCGCCCCACGUUUUCCGUCCUAAUUAUCCUGCUACCUCUUAUAUUGCCUUCCAACACCACUGCUUCAGCUCUCUGUCGCUGCAGAUUCCCUCUCAAAUUCGUUGAGAAUUCCUUUCACGUCAACUUCGAUCUUCCCCGGUCAACUGAUCCAGAGCUGCUUCGCAUUUGUAAUUCAUCCCGAACUUUCUUCGAUUUCGAAUAUCCUCAACUGGUUUUCUCGGUCCAUCAGCUGUUGACUGGGCUAGAACUCAACUCGAAUUGCGCAGUUCACGAACUCCACAAGCUGACUUGGUGGUAAGGUUUUACGCUGAAUCGAACUGAUUCGAGUCCGAUUGGGUUGAGACGACGAUGGCGGACUCGGAUAACGAUUCCGGAGGGGCGCAGAACACGGGAGCCAAUGCAAACAGCAGCGAAUUGUCGCCGCGAGAGCAGGACCGGUUCCUACCUAUAGCGAACGUGAGCAGGAUCAUGAAGAAGGCGCUUCCGGCGAAUGCGAAGAUCUCAAAGGACGCGAAGGAGACAGUGCAAGAGUGCGUAUCGGAGUUCAUCAGCUUCAUCACCGGAGAGGCCUCCGAUAAGUGCCAGAGGGAGAAGCGGAAGACCAUCAACGGGGACGACUUACUCUGGGCGAUGACCACGCUGGGAUUUGAGGACUACGUGGAGCCACUCAAGAUUUACUUGCAGAGGUUCAGGGAAAUGGAGGGAGAGAAGAGCGUGGUGGCGGCGCGUGACAAGGAAGGAGGUGGCGCUUCCAUUAGUGCUUUUGACGGCAGUGGCGGGGUGUACGGGGGUAGCGGAGGUGGAAUGGGAAUGAUGAUGCAUCAAGGACACGUGUACGGAUCUGGUGGCUUUCAUCAAAUGGGCGUUAGUGGUGGUCCUGCUAUGGGUAAGAGCGGGCCAACUUAUCCGGGUCCUGGAUCUAACUCGGGUAGACCCAGAUAGAUCAAAGGUGUGAACCAGUAGCUUAUAAUAUUCUAAUUGAUAAAUUUAUUAAUCAUUAGAUUAAAAUCAGAAAUGAAGUGGGAAAAAAAACAGAGAGAGAAUCCAAUGAUUAAUAAAUCCGUCAGUUUGAGAAAGUGUAUUAAGACUGAUUCUAAUGUGUUAGGGUGAUUUGGCAUUAUUAUGUAAAGACAAAAAGAUCUUUAAUAGUUCCUCCCUGUAAUUCUCGUGUUGAACAAAUACUGCUUCCUCUUUUUUGAAGAAUUAACCUUAGCCGGAAGCCCAGAACUUCUGUACUUGUGUUAGUGUU